GCGGAAAGGCGCUGAAUCACCAGCGUCCAAGCAGGCGCAGGGGGCAGGCAGGUGUCGCCUGCAGGUGUGCCUCGCAGGUGUCUCUACUGGACACCAACUGCUGGGCGGUGAGGCUCAUCGCGGAGCCUGGAGAUUGCUGGGGAUGGAGGAAAGACUUACAGAUCACAUUUCCUAGGAAAGUCACGAACUUUUGGAGUGGACGUGUGUCUUACUUUAUUCCUGAAACGCAGCAUGGUGCCUGGGAGAAUUCUUCAGUGAGACUACUGAAGUUAGGGCACAUUUCUAGAGGCCACAUCUGACUCAUCAACCACCAAAGGGAGCCUGUUCCAAAUUCUCUGCCUUGGAAGCCUCAUCCUGUGAGGCAGAAUGGUGUUCCCUACAGGGACCCUGUCCUCCUUGCUGCUGCUGGUUGCCAUCACAGGUGGCAGGUGCCAGCAGUGCAGUGCGGGGAGGACUUAUUCCAACGCCAUCAUUUCACCUAACCUGGAAACUAUUAGAAUCAUGCGGGCGUCUCAAACCUUCUCCACGGGAGACUGCACGGCUGCUUGCUGUGACCUGCCCAGCUGUGACCUGGCCUGGUGGUUUGAGGGCAGCUGCUACCUGGUGAACUGCGUGCACCCGGAGAACUGCGAGCCCAGGACGACAGGCCCCAUCCGGUCUUACCUCACUUUUGUUCACAGACCUGUCCAGAAGCCCGAGCAGCUGCUGGACUACGGAGACAUGAUGCUGGGCAGGGGUUCCCCCUCCGGAGCUUGGGGAGACUCCCUUGAAGAUCUCAGGAAGGACUUGCCCUUUCUAGGCAAAGACGGGGGUCCGGGUCCGGAGGAGACUGCCGAGUACCCAGAUGACUACAAAGAACUGGAGCGGGGCCUCCUGCAAUCCUCCAGCCAACAGGACCCCAGAGGCAGCAUCGAGUACCCCGACUGGAGCCUGCUGCCCGGCAGCGAAGGAGGUUUCAAUGUCUCAUCUGUAGGAGACAGCUCAGCUACUUCCUCAGAGAGGCUGCAGGACCCCACACCCCAGUCACUGGACCAGCAGCAGCUGGAGGCCCUGAAUGAGUCCACUUGGCCCCCUACCCCGGGGUACUCGGCAGUGAGCAGCGUGUGGCCCCCCUCUGUAACCACUUUACCUGCAGGAGAGGAGAUGGAGAGAGAGCCUUUACAGCUCCAAAUACAACCGAGUAAUAGCUCUGGAAAAGAGGUUAUAACACCUUCCCAUAAUCCUCCCCGUGCCAGCCUGGAGUCCAGCCCAGCCACGGUAGAGAAAAGCUCUGUUCCCACAGUCCCGCCAUGGGACACAGAAAGCAGCAUCCCAACAUUUCCCACCAGUACAGUCCUUUCUGGGCUGACCCCGUCUUCGACGACUGUGUCACCUACUACUUCUUCCAGGACAGUAAAGGCACUUGCAGUGUCUGCUGGAGAUAACCUUGUGAUAACCUUACCAGACAGUGAAGCAGAACUGAAGGCCUCUGUUGAGCCAGCACCCUCUGCAGACACAACUUACAGCUAUGAAUGGGAAUUAAUGGACCACCCUAUAGACUUUCAAGGUGAAAUCAAACAAGAAAACAAGCCGAUUCUCCACCUCCCUCAAUUGUCUGUGGGACUCUACACCUUCAGAGUGGCUGUUUCUAGUGAGAACGCAUUUGGGGAAGGGUACGUCAACGUCACUGUCCUGCCAGCUGCAAGAGUCAACCAGCCACCCGUAGCAGUUGUCUCUCCUCAGAUCCAGGAACUCACUGUGCCUUUGACCUCAGCCCUCAUCGAUGGCAGCCAAAGCACAGAUGACGCUAAGAUAGUGAGUUACCACUGGGAAGAAGUCAACGGGCCCAUCCUAGGAGAGGUGUUUCCGGCUGAUGGCCCAGUCUUACGCUUGUUGAACCUAGAUCCUGGUAACUACACUUUUAGGUUGACCAUCACAGACUCAGAUGGCGCUACUAACUCCACCACAGCAACCCUCAUCAUCCAUGAUGCUGUGGACUACCCACCUGUUGCUAAUGCAGGACCAAAUCAGACCAUAACUUUGCCCCAAAACACCAUCACUCUGAAUGGAAGCCAGAGCAGCGACGAUCACCAGAUUGUCCUCUAUGAGUGGUCUCCAGGCCCUGGCGGUGAGAACCAAGAGGUGGUCAUGCAGGGAGUGCGGACCCCAUACCUCCACUUGUCUGAGAUGCAGGAAGGAGAGUACAUAUUUCAGCUGACGGUGACGGAUUCCUCAGGACAGCAAUCCACUGCUUCGGUCGCUGUGAUUGUCCAGGCUGAGAACAACCAGGCUCCAGUGGCGGUGACAGGCCCUGAUAAGGAGCUGUUCUUCCCGGUACAGAGUGCCACACUGGAUGGGAGCAGGAGCAGCGAUGACCACGGCAUUGUCUGCUACCACUGGGAGCACAUCAGGGGUCCCAGUGCCGUGGAGAUGGAGAAUGUGGACAAAGCCAUAGCCACUGUCACUGGGCUUCAGGUGGGUACCUAUGACUUCCGUCUAACCGUGAGAGACCAGCAGGGACUGAGCAGCACAUCCACACUCACCGUGGCUGUGAAGCAGGAAGAUAACAGUCCUCCGAGAGCCCAGGCCGGUGGCCGACAUGUUCUUACACUUCCCAAUAAUUCCAUUACUUUGGAUGGUUCAAGGUCUACUGAUGACCGAGGAAUUGUGUCCUAUCUGUGGAUCCGGGACGGCCAGAGUCCAGCUGCUGGCGAUGUCAUCGGAGGCUCUGACAACGGGGUGGCUCUGCAGCUCACCAACCUGGUGGAAGGAGUCUACACUUUCCAUCUGCUAGUCACGGACAGUCAGGGGGCGUCGGACUCAGACACUGCCACCGUGGAGGUGCUACCAGACCCCAAGAAGGACGGCCUGGUGGAGCUGAUCCUGCAGGUUGGUGUGGAGCAGCUGACAGAGCAGCAGAAGGAAACCCUUGUGAGGCAGCUGGCUGUGCUUCUGAAUGUGCUGGACUCGGACGUGAAGGUGCUCAGGAUUCAGGCACACACGGAUGUCAGCACCGUGAUUGUAUUUUAUGUACAGAGCGGGCCACCUUUCAAGGUUCUCAGAGCUGCUGACGUGGCCCGGAAUCUGCACAGGCGGCUUUCAAAGGAAAAGGCAGCCUUCCUACUUUUCAAGGUCUUGAGGGUAGACACAGCAGGAUGCCUUCUCAAAUGUUCAGGUCACGGUCACUGUGACCCCAUCACAAAACGUUGCAUUUGCUCCCAGCUGUGGAUGGAGAACCUCAUACAGCAUUAUAUGUGGGAUGGCGAGAGCAACUGUGAGUGGAGUGUGUUCUACGUGGCAGCACUGGCACUGACCCUGACAGCGGUAACGGGAGCUGUGGCUUGGCUGUGCAUCUGCUGCUGCAGGAGACGGAAAAGGACUAAGAUAAGGAAGAAAACAAAGUAUACCAUCCUGGACAACAUGGAUGAACAGGAAAGAAUGGAACUGAGGCCCAAAUACGGUAUCAAGCACCGGAGCACCGAGCACAACUCUAGCCUGAUGGUAUCAGAGUCUGAGUUCGAAAGCGACCAGGACACACUGUUCAGCCGAGAGAGGAUGGAGAGAGGGAUCCCGAAGGGUUCCCUGAAUGGUUCCGCCAGAAAUGGAGCUUCCUUCGGUUACUGUGCAAAGGACAGAUAAUGGGCCGUGUGUGGAGGGACCUCUUGGGCCUGUGACUCGGUACCAGACAGUGGGAGCUGAAACACAAAACUGACUCCUGCUUGGCACAGCACUUUAUCAGCCCUUCCCAGGGGCCUUGUUCUGUGCUCUACAUGUUUAUUAAAAGACCCGGGUUCUUAGACGUUUCAAGACAAAACAAAACAUUGCUUUUUCAACUGAGGCUCAGUAAUAGAGAAGGAGGCACAUAAAACUUCGGCGGAGCGUACUGAAAAGAGUUUUGUGUCUCUGUGCUGGACACUUAUUAUAUUUAUUGCCCACAGUGAAAUAAGGCUAGCACUUGUUUCUAUUUAUAGCCGCUUAGGAAAAACAAGGGGGGUUGAUUUCUCUGCAGAAGCUGUGACAGGAAACCUUCCAGGAGUGGCCUCUCAGAGGACCUGCUGGAUCAGCUUGCUGUUCAUCUAGAAGGCAGCAGCCAUCGGCAUGCAGCAGGCUGCCUGUGUUGACCAUGGUGGUCGGUCAGGAGUUAAGGAAGAAUCAGCAUCUAAGGCCAGGAGGCACUGAGGUAGGGAGGGGCUAAGGACUUGCAGGUUGAAUGUUGAAGGUAGCCUUUACUAUUCUUUUCUUCCUGUCUUUCUCAUUUCUUCUCGUUCUUUAAGAAAAAGAGGCCACGGUGGGGCUUUUUUCAGCUCUGGUGGACAUUAAACUGACUGCUUGUUCCCCUGACUUUUAUUGAGUAUGCACCUUAGCACUGCCGUAGAAAAGGGAAGGAUCCAGUGACCGCGGACAUAUUCCAAAACUCUGAAACAUGUUCUUAAUGAGGGGAGUGUGGUCACCAUGCUCCUACAAAGACUUCCCAUAGAAGUAACUGGAUAGAAAGUUCACUACUUAUGCUUAAAAAUGUAUGUAAGGCGCUAGAGAAAUGGCUAUAUUUAAGAUCACUCGCUGCUCUGGCAGAGGACCGUGGUUCAGUCCCUAGUACUCACAUGAUGGCAUACAACUGUCCAUAACUCCAGUUUUGGGGGGCAGGGGAUUCAGUGCCCUCUUCUGGUCUCCACUAGCAACAGCAAUGUACAGAGUUUAUGCAUGUAGGCAAAAUACUCAUGCACAUAAAAUAAAAUCCUAAAGACAUACUUCAAAUUUAAAGAACUAAAUCUUGUUUUAGUUCUUUACACAAAGAGGAAUGGAAGCACAUCCUCCCACAAAGCGGCACCCGAGCAAUGAACUGCAGCUAGCUGAGAUGUUGACAGACUUGUGCAGUUGUCCAGCUGCCCAGAGCCCUAGGGCUGGGAGCCUUGGCAAUGGCCUAGGCAUUCAAAGAGUAGGAGAGCCCACUACUGUAGUCCCAGCACCUGGGAAAGGAGAGCAAGGAGGAGCAGGAGUUCAAUGCUAGCCUUGGCUACGCAGUCAGUUUGAUGAUAGCCUGAACUACACGAGACCCUAUGUUAAAAAACGAAGAAAAAAAGUAGGAGAAUUAGGACCACAACUUAAAUUUUAGUAGUUGUUUGUUUCUGGAAUUUUCUAUUUCUGAGCUAGAGGUAACAGAAAGCUCAAAACAAAACAAAACCCAUGAACAAGAGUGCAUUGUAUCAUACUUUACUGGGAAAAUGGUCAAAUUAAAAUGUGUAGGAAUGUACUUUUAUUUUAAAAGUAAUUUCUCGGUUUAUGCCUAUACACCCUAGUUCAGUAUUAUCUAUGUUGUUAGAGGAAAAGUGAUUUUUUUAAACGCUAGUAUUUAGUUUUAUGAACAGAAUCUUCCCAAUCCUCAGACCAGUGUGAUGCUACCUUUUGUAGGGAACUGGACAUUUCUGGCAUAGAGAAUGUGGUCCACUUGGACCAACAGAGCACAACUGUGAAUACCCACGGCUUCAUGUAUGCACACAUAUGCAUAAUGUAUGCAUUGCUCAUAAUUAAUCGACCUUUAGGAUUCAUCUCGAAAGGGGACAUGCCUAUGUCAUAGACGCUCACUGAAGGUCCAUGGAGCAUAAGUGCUUCUUCCAGGGUCACAGUCAGCAGUGAAUCUGGGAGUGCCAAGACCUGCUGUGCAGUGCAUGAAUAAGUCCAGCCUUCAAUGCUGGUGGGGGGUGGGGUGGGGGCAGAUCCUGGUGAGCCUUCCAACCCCUGGAAGUUCUGCUGCUGGGGCAAAGAGGAAACCUUGGAGUGUGUCUGAGAGCGGAAGAGAAAGUGGGAAUUCAUGGACCUCGUCUCCCCACUGGAACAAACUGAGCUAGCCUUCCCUCUAGGUUUGUGGCCUGUAUGUGUGCCAGUUCUGUCCUUGGCUAUCUCCGCCUGGCCUCGCUGCUCCACCCAUCACAAAACAACCUUGAGUCUAUGGCAAAGCAGAAAUAAACAUCACACUGACUACUGGAAAAUGGA